CCUUUUGAUUCUUCAUCGGUAAAAUCCCUCUGUUUUCUCUUUCUCCCUCUCUUUCGUUGGGUGUUUCAAAAGAUCGUAUCAUUGUUUGUUCAUCACUUCAAGAUUCAUUUCUUCACGAUCUUUUGUUCUUGAUUUCUUGUGGGUUUGUUUGAUUUUGGAGGAAUCGAAAAGGGGUUUUAUGUAUCAAAACGACUCGAUGAUUACACAACUCUUUCUUGAUCGUAAAAGUCUCUGUACUUGUACUUAAAGACUUCUUGCCUUUCGUAUUCUAGAAUCUGUCGUGUUUCUAGGGUUAAUUACUUGAUUUUCCUAUUUUUGUUUGCUUUUUAGGGCUUUUAAUAUUCAACCCGGUUAUACCCUGGUUUUGUUCUUGAUGGGUUUCUAAAGUUUUCACAUAAAGAUUGAAGAUUAUGAACAUUUUUUUUUAUAUGUUAAUAUGGUUUCUGGUUUUUCAGUUUGCAGGGUUUUUGAGCUUUCUUGAUUAGGGUUAACAAUCCAUUUGGCUGAAGAAUUAUCGUAAUUAAUCAGCAGUAUGGUCGCGAAAGACCGUCAAAACAAAACAGACUCUCCGAAAGUGGAGGUUGGAGAGAUCGACACUAGAGCACCGUUCCAAUCCGUCAAGGAUGCUGUCAAUCUUUUCGGCGAAGGUGCCUUUUCGGGUGAAAAGCUCACCAUCAAGAAAAUAACAAAGCCUCAAUCUGCUGAGAGGGUGUUGGUGAAGGAGACGAAGCUCCACUUGGCACAAAAAGAGCUCGAUAAGUUGAAGGAACGGUUGAAGAUUGCCGAAACUACGAAAACCGGAGCACUUACGGAGCUCGAACGAGCUAAAAGAACCGUCGAGGAUCUGACAAACAAGCUCCAGGUUAUUAAUGCGGCCAAAGAGAUGGCAAUUAAGGCGACCGAAGCCGCAAAAGAUCAGGCAAAGCAACUCGAUGGUGGACAAACGAACACGAAUGGUUUUUUGACGCAGGAUUUGGAGAACACAAAGGAACAGUAUGCCGCUGUGUUUACAGAACUCGAUGCUGCAAAACAAGAGUUACGGAGAAUCCGCCAUGAUCGUGAGGCGGCCAUGGAAGAGAAAUCCGCUGCUAUCGGGUUAGUAACAGAGGCAGAAGUUACGAGUAAAGCGAGUUUGGAUCGAGCUGGUGAGAUAUCGAAGGAGAUUAUGUCUGUUCAAGAGGCUAUUGAGCAGGUAAAAAGGGCGACCGUGGAAGCUCAGAAAGAGCAAGAGAAGAUAUACGCUGAGAAAAACGUUCAAAAACUGGCGCACAAAGCCGCACUCGAAGAAUCUGCUAAGAAAUUACUUGCUUUGCGGAAAGAGAUCGAUCCUGAAAUGUCGAAAGAUCUCGAAACGCAAUUUGCUGAAACAACAUCGGAGAUCAAAAGAUUGCAGACGGAAAUGGAGAACGCGAGGGCUUCGGAUCUUGAUUCCUUGAAAAACGUCACAUCGGAGCUCGAUGGCGCUAAAGAGUCUUUGCAGAAAGUGGUGGAGGAAGAAGGGUCGUUAAAAAGCUUGUUGGAAUCGUUAAAGAUUGAGCUCGAGAAUGUGAAGAAAGAGCAUGAAGAACUGAAAGCGAAAGAAGCGGAAACUGAAACGGUCGCCGGAGAUCUGAACGUUAAGUUGCAGAAAAGCAAGGUGGAGCUCGAAGCAGCUUGUUUGGAAGAAGCUAAAGUCAGUGGUGCUUCCGAAGAAAUGAUGGCGACUCUCCGGCAAUUAACAUUGGAGAGUGAAAACGCAAAACGGGAAUCGGAAGAGAUGAAGUCGGAAGCCGAAGAGUUGAAGAAGGAAGCGGCGGCCAUGGGAGCUGCUUUAGAAGAAGCGGAAAAUAAGCUGAGGAUUGCAUUACAGGAAGCCGAUGAAGCGAAAUCGGCCGAAUCGAAAGCUCUCGAGGAGAUCAAACUGAUUUCCGAAAGAACCGAUGCCGCACGCGCUUCAACUUCCGAAUCGGGUUCGAAAAUCACGAUCUCGCGGGAGGAAUUUGAGUCGUUGAGCAGAAAAGUGGAGGAAUCGGAGAAGUUAGCAGGGAUGAAAGUGGAAGCAGCAAUGGCACAAGCGGAAGCGGUGAAGGCGAGCGAGAAAGAGGCGGUGAAGAAGCUGGAAGCGACGCAGAAAGAGAUUGACGAAAUGAAAGCGGCAACCGAGGCGGCAUUGAAGCGGGCGGAGAUGGCGGAUGCAGCCAGGAAGGCGGUGGAGGGAGAGCUUCGAAGGUGGCGGGAGAGGGAGCAGAAGAAGGCGGAAGAAGCAGCAUCGUUGAUCCUUCAGGAAACGCAGAUGCAGACGCCAUUGUCGUUACCAUCAACUCCGAUCCACAAGCAGCAGAUUCCGGCACAGAAACCGAAACCGAAGACAAAAAAAGUGCUCGUUAGCAACCUGAGCGGCAUGUUUCAGCGGAAGAAAUCUCAGGUUGACGGCGGUGGAUCGUCGCCGUCUUAUUUGCCCGGCGAGAAGCCGAUGUAAUUACUGAUAUUUGGUGUGGAGUGCAAGAGUGGUUGGUGUGUAUAUGUUGAACCAAACUUGAGAAGGAAAGCAAGAUCUAGUUUUUGUCAAAGACCCAAAUACGUAUCGUUGACUCGGGUUUUUUUUGGUAUACA